CCAGAGAUCUCGACCUCCCUCAAUACCGGGCGCAUUGUGUAGCAGAGUGGCAACAUAAACUAAUUGUCGUGUAAAUAAGACGUCCCAUGCGGUUUGCUACAUGUCGGAAGUUGAGCUUUAGCCAGUCUUGAGCAUUUGGACCUCUAGCCAUAACGCAGCGUCUUCCAGAAUCGACGGUAAUCACAAGGAUGCGUCGCCAAGCUUCCCAUAGCCUGGCAAGUUCACUACUCGAAACGUGCCGGAGAAUUACAUCCGAAGGUCUUGGCAACAAUGAACAUGAGAUCACCAGGUACAUCGUCAUGAGGAACCCCUAUAUCGGAAUGUCACCAGACCUCCCUAUCGAUAUGACCCAACGCUCGACCAUCACUACAACUAGUAUACAAACUCAACAAAGACAACAGUUGACGCCGUGCUUCAGUACCCUACCACAGCGCUUUCCAGCUGUUCCGAUCCGGCGUCACGAUGACCUCCCUGCUCCAAACAUGAGGUGCAUCCUCCGCGUAUUCCACAGCAGCGAUCUGUGCAGCAGGAACGCCAACUCAAUCCCAUUUAUCGAAAACAUUGCUCCAAAAGCCUUCAGUGACGCAUACACGUUAGAGCUCCACCUUUCUAGCAUGCCGGAGUUGGAGAAGAGCAGGGCUCUUAAACCUCAACUUCACCUGGGCAAACUCAAAAACGAAGGACCCGUGGGUGGAGACACAUGAAUAUAUUGAUGGGGGCCCAUCAAUUAUGAACAAAGGAAUAGUGAGAAGUUGGGCGGGCUCCAGGUCUUCAUGCAAUGAAAGAAAGCCAUCGGACAUCACCUUUCUCCGACGUUAAGAUGACCUCAGAAUUAGUUUAUCAGCCAAAGUCGCUCCUUGCGCCAACAUCGAAGAAACGCUUCCAAGAGUCACAUUGAACGGUCAUGUAUAGUCAUUAGAUAAUUGCUUCACCGCAACAAGAUGUUGCUGCGCGCAAAGCCGCCCGCCGGCCCUUGGAUCCCGCGUCAUUGGCGGAGCAAAGCCCCACUUGGGGAAAACUAAGAAAUACACUCAUGC